AGCUGAUAGCAUGCGAUUACCACGGCCAUGCCACGCAAGCCGAGUUUCAGGGCUGUGCCGCACGGAAAUCGAGGGUGUUGGUUUCGGGACCGGAUAUAGUCUGAGUGAUACAGGUUAUCGGAGGAAGAGAGAGUCGGAAUCUUGAUCUCAUCGUCUACAGGAGCUGCUCACACCAAUGGGCGUAUCUUGCCACCUGCGUCAAGAGCUAGGAUAUAGCAUGGAAAGAAACCGAUGAUCUCUGCGUAGUGGUGGACGAUGUAGAAACCUACGCCUUUAACAUCUUCGCCAACGGCAUUCCGCUCGUGGACUAAAUCGUGGAACAUGCACUGACCGAAUCGUGGACCGCUAUGAUGUCAAUUAUGCAUUUAACAUGCUCCCUGAGCCAACCUCGAUCCUCCAAUUGAUCAUGGAUGCCGAAUUAUCGCUGGUCUACUCGCGUGAGGAGAAGAGGAAGCAAACCUUCGGGUGGGGAAAGAAGGAUGGUGAUCUACCGGAUGACUUCUGGGCGCGCGUUAUUAAUGCCUUGGCUUGUGACAACCUCUGGGAGAACAUGGUGCAUCUAGUGAUCGGAUCUGAGGCAAAGCCGUAUCGAUUCUUCAAGAACGUCCUCUGUGCACACUCUCCCGUGCUAGCGUCCCUGAUUGACCAGGGUGAAGGUGGCAUAGACUGUGUCAUAGACAUGAAGAAGUGGAGCGUAGGCAGCUUCCGCAUCUACGCACACUGGGCGUUCUCGAAGCGCCUUCCAGAGGACCACCGCGAGUGGUGGCACGUAAUGCUUCAAGACCACAAGAUCGGGGAGCUCUGCCUCCUCGAGCGACUACAAGCCUGCGUGUUUGGUCGCGAGAUGGGUAUGCACGCAUUCGCGAAUGCGUGCUACAACUCCUACGUGACCGCAGCUCGAAUCUCCAAGCUACCGCCGUCGUACGAGGCCAUUGCAUACGCCUUCGAAAAUAUUUCGAAGAACGACAAUCUACUAUCCUUCCUCGUAGAUAUGUACGUGUUUCACACGCGGGUGACCCGAUCUCAGGCUUCGGGUGGCAGCAGCGGCACCAGCAACGACAAGUACACUGGAACCCAUUCUGCGACUCGGUCUCAGACUUUUGCCAAGGCCAUGACGCCCAAGGACUUGCCUAAGGACUUCCUUGUGCGUGUGAUGCAGAAGACGCAGGAGAUGGCGCAGGGAACUUUUGCUGGUGUCAUGUAUGCAUGUGCUUACCACAUCCAUCCCAGUGAUGAAGAGAGGAAUGAAUGCCCAUCAUACAUCCUCGACAUCAAGGAUACACCCUUCCGCCUUCUCGGGGAUGCGGUCGUCAAGGCUCUUGCUGAGACGCGCCAGAAGACCACGCAUGGCCUCGCGGAUGCUGUCUUCCGCGUGGCACAGUUGGUAACAGUCCCGGCCAAUUUCAACAAUGGGCAACUUCUCGUCGAUUAG